AUUUAUGUCUGAUUUAAUCACUCACUCAUCUAUUCGAGAAACUUUAACUUUACAAAAUGCAGCUGAUUGACAGCUGCUCUGACACACAGGAAACAUUAACCUAAGCCUGACGAACGGGGAGCUUUCUCUUUGUGCUUUAUUUGUGUUUUUAUCUGCGCUGUUCAGCACUUGGGAUCAACUGUGUUGUGUGCAAAGACGAAGUGCUAUAUACACAAAGUUGAGUUGAGAGUUGAGUGUGUCCGAAGGUGCAUUGACCCUCAGGUCUGCUGCAAGGUUUUGUCCGAAGGUGAAAAAAGCGGAUCCUCACUCGAAAAAUGGACGUCUCCACAGUAAAUACUCUUCCAUACGAGGAUUUUGUGAAUAUUUUCGGUAAUGUGGUGGAGAAAUGUCCUUUGAUUGUAGCUGCUGUGUGGUCCAGUCGUCCAUUUUUGAGUUUGUCGACUUUGCAUACUGCGAUUAGUGAAUUCAUCGACGCUCUACCAGACUCAGGUAAAGAGGGAAUACUCAGGUGUCACCCGGACCUCGCCGGAAGGGACCUCCAGAGCGGCACGUUGACUCCAGAGUCGCUCCAGGAGCAGGCAGGCGCUGGUAUGGAUGCUCUGAGCUCCGCUGAGGCAACGCGCAUGGCCCGGCUCAACGAGGAGUACAAGCAGCGCUUCGGAUUCCCGUUCGUCAUUUGCGCGAGGAUGAACGACAAGGAGAACAUAUUACGUCAGCUGUCCGCGCGCUGCCACAACGAUUGCGCUGUAGAGAGGGCACGCGGCAUCGAGGAGGUGAAGAAGAUAUGUCGUCUGCGUUUACAGGCGAUACUCGCUGACGCUUCCAACAAGUUAUGAAUCUGUAUUUCAUGCUGGAAUUCUGCUGUGCCAGUUAAACCCAGGGGCGUGUCCAGAUCUUUUUUUUGACGGGGGUGGGCCAACUGUAGCACUUAUAGUGGGGUGGCAUGAUGUUUGUGACAUGACUAUGAAUAGUAUUCAUUUACUCUUUGUGUCUCCAAUAAUCAUGUCUUUAAGUACUGAGAUUAAAGUAUCUUCUAAAUGUUA